AUGGACGUAGAUCAGAUCGCUUUUCGAUACCAAGAUUCAGUGCGGGUGAUCGACGCGAUUCACAGCGCACUCGCCGAUCACCAGACGAUGAACAUUCAGCAUCAGGAUCCUCAGGAUCGUACAGCAUCACAGAAGCAAUGCGGCUUCUCUCCUUACGCCAUGGUGGCCAUGGUGGCCAUGGUAGCCAUGGUAGCCAUGGAAGCCAUGGUGAGCGAGGCUCAUCUCGCCACGGCACCUCAGGUUCUGACAGACGCAGCUCAAGGUCGUCGACAAGCUCUAGAGCCACGAGAGAUCGCAGUCCUCCGCGAAGCUCGAGAAAUCGCAGCCCUCCGCAAAGCAUUCGCCGAACAAGUACCCACGAGAGCAGUCAAAGCAGAUGGUAUCCGUCAUCAGGGCGAUCUUCAGGCGGAAGCAGACGGCAUUAAAAGAGAGAAUGAAAGCUGGAAGGGCGACCUGAAAACACCCGCAACACCAUCCUCCAGAACCACUACCAUCACAAUGGCCGAGUCCAUCCCCAUCCCCGAGCCUCCGGGCCUGCCAUUCAUUGGUAAUCUGGGCGAGAUGCGAACAAGCCCCAUCAACGACUUCAAGCGUCUCGCAGACACAUACGGCGAAAUCUAUCGCAUGCAUCUAGGAGGCAGCGCCUUUUGCGUUGUCAGCUCCCGCGAGCUCGUCAAUGACGCCUGCGAUGAGCGUCGUUUCAAAAAGACGGUUGGCGGUACCCUGGGCAAGGUGCGCAACGCCAUUCACGACGGCCUCUUCACUGCCGACUCAGAGACGGAGCCCAACUGGGGCAAAGCCCAUCGCAUCCUCGUUCCCGCCUUUGGUCCCCUCUCCAUUCGCAACAUGUUUGACGAGAUGCACGACAUUGCUUCGCAGAUGGCCAUGAAGUUUGCUCGCCACUCGGGCGACCGCAUCAACGCCUCCGACGACUUUACCCGUCUCGCCCUCGACACAGUCGCCCUCUGCGCCAUGGACUACCGCUUCAACUCGUACUACCGCGAGGAACUGCACCCCUUUGUCCGCGCCAUGGGUGACUUUCUGACAGAGUCGGGUGCCCGGAACCGUCGCCCUACAUUUGCUCCUCAGUUCUUCUACCGCGCCGUCGACGAAAAGUAUGAAAAGGAUAUCAAGACCAUGCGCGACGUCGCCGACGAAGUCGUUGCCAACCGUAGAGCGAACCCCAGCGAGCGAAAAGAUCUGCUCAGUGCCAUGCUUGACGGAAAAGAUCCUCAGGAUGGCCAGAGACUCACAGACGCAAGCAUCACUGACCAGCUCAUUACCUUUCUCAUUGCUGGCCAUGAGACCACGUCAGGAACGCUCUCUUUCGCAUUCUACCAGCUUCUCAAGCAUCCUGCCGAGUAUCGUAAGGUGCAAGAAGAAGUUGACGCUGUUGUGGGCAGAGAUCGCAUCACUGUUGAGCACAUUUCCAAGCUCACCUACAUCCAAGCUGUCCUCCGCGAGGUGUUGCGCGUAAACGCUCCCAUCCCAGCCUUUAGUGUCGAAGCCAAAGAGGACACUCUGCUCGGCGGCAAAUACUUCAUCCCCAAGGAGCAUCGUCUCACUCUGCUCCUCGCCAAAUCCCAUCUUGACCCCAGCGUCUAUGGCGACAGCGCCAGCGACUUCAAGCCUGAGCGCAUGCUUGAUGAGAAUUUUGCCCGUCUCAACAAAGAGUUUCCCAGCGCAUGGAAGCCUUUUGGAAACGGAAAGCGCGCAUGCAUUGGCAGACCUUUUGCUUGGCAAGAAGCUGUCCUUGCCAUGGCCAUUCUCUUCCAGAACUUCAACUUUACCCUCGACGACCCCAACUAUACCCUGGAGAUACAAGAGACGCUCACUCUUAAGCCUCACAACUUCUUCAUGCGCGCGACCCUUCGCCAUGGUAUGAGUGCUACCGAGCUUGAGGACCAGCUCAAGGGCGGUACGGUUCACUCCAAGUCGUCGGAUGGGGCUGAUACUCCUGUCGCUGCCUCUGCUGGCGAUGGCAAGCCAUUGUCAGUCUUUUACGGCUCCAACAGCGGCACAUGCGAAGCCUUGGCACAGAGAGCCGCUGCUGAUGCUAGUGCCCAUGGUUUCAAGGUCACCGAAAUUGGCCCACUGGACAAUGUCAACCAAAAGCUUCCCACUGACCGCCCAGUGGUGAUUGUCACUGCCUCAUACGAGGGCGAACCGCCAUCUAAUGCCGCUCAUUUCGUCGACUGGCUCAAAAGUCUCAAGGGUGAUGAGUUGAAGAAUGUAUCCUACGCCGUCUUUGGCUGUGGCCACCACGACUGGGCCCAGACUUUCCACAAGAUCCCCAAGCUCGUCGACGCUACCAUGGCCGAGCGCGGCGCCGACCGCAUCAUUCCCAUGACCGGCACCGACGCCGCUGACCGCGACAUGUUUAGCGAUUUCGAAACCUGGGAGGACGAAUGCUUGUGGCCCGCCCUUAAGAAAAAGUAUGGCGCCGACGAGACUAAAGAUGGUCAGGGUGCUUCUGCCCUGACAGUCGAGAUUACGCACCCACGCAAGACGACUCUUCGCCAGGACGUCGAAGAAGCUGCCGUCAUUGACACCAAGGUACUGACCAAGGGGACGCAAUCUGUCAAGAAACACAUUGAGAUUAGGCUUCCUACCGGCAUGACUUACAAAGCUGGCGAUUACUUGGCCGUCUUGCCAUUUAACCCCGCAGCGACUAUUGCUCGUGUCUUUCGUCGCUUUUCGAUCAGCUGGGAUGCCACUUUUACCAUUACUUCCAACGGCCCGACCACACUGCCAACUGGCGUCCCCAUCUCCGCCACCAACGUCCUCGGCGCCUACGUUGAGCUCAGCCAGCCUGCCACGAAGAGGAACAUACAGGCCAUGAUUGACUCGACCGAGGACGAAAAGACUGUUACUGCGUUAAAGGGUCUCAUCGGAGACAAGUUCUCCGAGGAAGUCACUGCGAAGCGACUCUCUGCCCUCGACCUGCUGGAAAAGUUCCCCGCCGUUGGCCUGCUUUUUGAGUCGUUCCUCGCUAUGCUUCCCCCCAUGCGCGUCCGUCAAUACUCCAUCUCGUCAUCUCCCCUCGUUGACCCUACCCGCGUCACCCUCACCUACUCCCUCCUCGACGUGCCGGCCCACUCGGGCCAAGGCCGCCACGUCGGCGUCGCCAGCCACUACUUGUUCUCUCUCCACGAGGGCGACAAGAUCCACGUCGCUGUCCGGCCCUCCGCCGCCUUUCACCUCCCCGCCGACACGGAAAAGACGCCCAUCAUCUGCGUGGCCGCCGGCACAGGCCUCGCCCCCUUUCGCGGGUUCGCCGAGGAGCGCGCCGCCAUGAUUGCCGCCGGCCGGAAGCUCGCUCCCGCGCUGCUCUUUUUCGGCUGCCGCGCCCCCGGCGAGGAUGACCUGUACGCGGAGCAAUUCGCAGAGUGGCAGAAGAUGGGCGUGAUUGACGUGCGCCACGCAUACUCGCGCGCGACGGACAAGUCGCACGGCUGCAAGUAUGUCCAGGAGCGCCUGAGCAACGACCGGGACGAGAUUUACAAGCUCUGGGACCAGGGCGCAAGGCUGUACCUGUGCGGCAGCAGGGCGGUCGGCAAGGGCAUCGAGGAUGCGUGCGUCGAGCUGGUCAAGGAAAAUGCGGAGAGGGAAAAGUCAAAGGAGGUUACGGACGAGGCGGCGAGGGCGUGGCUGGAUAACCUGCGCAACGAGCGCUUCAUGGCAGAUGUGUUUGACUGA